AUGGGAAUUAAAGUUCGUAAGCCUUUUUGCCUUAGUUUCAAGCGAGUGCCUACACCUUUGAAGAUGCUUUGUGACAACGUUUCUGGUACUCUCGUGCUUUCCGAGUCUCUUAACAAGUUAAUCAGCUUGGUACGAACCAAAGUGGAUGAAGCGCUUACCAUGAUCCGGUUUUAUGAUCCUUUACUGCAUUGCUUUACUUAUUGGGACUUCCAGUUGGUUCCCACAUUGGAGGAAUUUCCCUCCAUUUUAGGAUUACCGGUACUUGAUCAGAUGCCUUAUACUGGUGAAGAAGAGACUCCCAAGUUGGAAGAUGUUGUUGCUGCGUUGCAUUUGCCUCGAUCCGAAAUCAAGAAGGUUUGGGUGAAUAAAGGAGAAUAUACUGGUUUACCGAUUGACUUCUUGUAUAGUCAAGCUGACAUCUUAAUUAAUGCUGCAAGUAUGGAUGCUCUUGAAAAAGUCCUCGCUUGCCUAAUCUAUGGGAAAGUAUUGGUCCCUCGUUAUGACAAAAUUGUGGAUGUGAUUGCUCUUAAGAUCUUCAUUAGUAACAAUCUGAAUGAAGAAGGUUUGACUUGGGCUCAAAGAAUCAUCAGGCUUUCUUACGACGAUGUUAUUUGGAGUCAAAAAGAGUUUGAAGGAUCUUAUUUAUUUGAUAGUUUUGGAGAUUUCCCGAAUGUACCUCUUCUUGGUACUCGAGGGGGAAUAACUUAUAAUCCUAUUCUGGCUCGACAUCAAUUUGGUUUCGCUCUAAAAGACAAGCCUCAUUCCAUAUAUCUUAGUGCGGAAAAUUUUGAUUAUGAUUCAGACCCUACUGGAAAAAAGAAGCUGUUCAUCAAAGCUUGGUCCAAGGUGAAGAAUGUACGGGUAAGAGAAUUAGGAUUGAGGAAUCACAUCCCUUCAGAUCUUUAUUUUAAAUGGGUUUAUGAUCGAGUGGAUGAGUAUGGCAUACCAUAUUCAUCUGAUACUCCUAUAGUUCCAAGGAUUACUCCUCCCGUCAUUCAUGUGGAAGUAGAACCUUAUGUACCCGCUCCCGACGAAGACCUUGUUGCCACCAUUGCUUUCCUAAGACAAGAAAAAGCUGAUCUCGAAAAGCGCCUACAUGAAGUGGAAGCAGAAAAAGCAGUAAUGGCGGCCAAUGCCAAAGACCGUGAUAGCAUGCUUGAGUACUUUUCCCGCAAGUGGAAGAUUGAAGACUUUCUCUCUCCCGAUCAGAUACAAUCAUGGGAACAAGAGAUUGAUAGGCUUGUCCAAUAG